AUGGGUUGCGGCGGCGGUGGCGGCGGGGGCGCUGCCUCCGAGUGUGAGGUCGAGCGGCGUGUGCUGGUGUUUGGCCCUGGGGAGGGGCUGCCCGCUGACGUCGAACAGGAGAACAAGGCGCUGGCGGAGUGCUCGGUCGACUCUGGCGCCAGCCGGUCCCCCCUACCGGUGAAUGCUUUCACCAAUGCAGUUAGGUGUGAGGCCGCGGAGCCGGCGUCACCCGUCUCCCGAUUGAGGCUUCUGCCAGCAGGACAGCGCGGCCGGGAGCUGCAGGGGCCCGCGCAGCCUGCGGAGCAACAGCGACAGCGCAGGCAGCAGCAGGAGCGGCAGCAGCAGCACUUGCAGCAGCAGCAGCAGCAGCAGCAGCAGCAGCAGCAGCAGCAGCAGCAGCAGCAGCAGCAGCAGCGCCCGACCAGCGGCCUCAGGGGCAGCAACCUGUUUGCCGCCGCCGCGAAGGGCCCGCAGCACGUGGGCUCGUCGCCGCCCUCCCCCCUUGCAGCGCCCAUUACCAAGGCAGGCGCCGGCCGCUCAAGGCACGGCGUGUUGGGCGCAAGGGAGGAGGCCCUGUUCAAGCUGGGCCUGGGGCCCGACGGCCUGGUCCCGAGAAUCUCGGGGCUGCCUUGUCUGCGGGAGCUGCUGGAGCAGGAGCCAACAUCGGCGCCGCGGCAGCAGCGGGAGCAGCAGCAGGAUGUGCAGGUGCGGCAGACUCGGUCACAGCAGCAGGAGCAGGAGCAGGAGGAGCAGCCGUUGCAGCAGCCAUGCGAGCAGCAGCAAGCGCAGCAGCUACAGCAGCAGAAGCAGCAGCAGCAGCUGCUGCUGCACGCAGACGACCAGCAGCACGCGCAGCAGCCACAGGAGCAGGAGCAGGAGCAGGAGCAGGAGCAGGGGCAGGAGCAGGGGCAGGAGCAGCAGCGGCUGCAGCAGCCACACAAGCAGCAGCCAUGGGAGCAGAAGCAGCAGCAGCAGCUGCUGCAGCAGUCGGACGAGCAGCAGCACGCGCAGCAGCCAGAGCAGCAGGAGCAGGAGCAGGAGCAGGAGCAGGAGCAGGAGCAGGAGCAGGAGCAGGAGCAGGAGCAGGAGCAGCAGCCAAACGAGCAUAAGCGGGCGACGCAGCAACAGCAGCAAGAGCAGGACCCUCACCAGGCGCUGAGUGGCUGGGCCGAUGCAGCUGCGGGCGUGGCUGGCCUCAGCCCCGCCAUUGAGCAGCAGCAGCAGCAGCAGCAGCAGCAGCAGCGGCAGCGGCAGCGGCAGCAGCCGCCACACAAUCCAAGCGCUGUGGACGCAAACGUGGUUGCUGUCGCUUGCGGGCCGCCCGCCCAGGCAGAGGCUGCGCCCAGCCCAGCCGCACCCUGGCUCGUCGGCGGUGGAGCCACAUCCGCGGAGGUAGGGGCGUCAGCGUCAGCAGCGGCUGCGGCCGCGGCAGGCACGUGGGGGUUUGACAAUGAGGAGGUCCCGGAGACGCCGCCGAGCGACGUGACGCAGCUUCGCGGCAGCUUCCGAUUGGCGCUCGUCCCGGCGCGCGUCGACGGGGGCAUAACUGAGGGAGCCGCCCUGGGCGACGCCAGCGGAAGCGGCGGCGCUUGGCUGGGCGCGGCGGUAAGCUUUGGCGCGUGCGGGGACGACGGUGGCGCCGCCGCCAUGGCAGGCUAUCCAGGGGUCCAGGUUCGAGGCAGUGAGGGAGGGCCAAUCGGUGUGGACAGUGCCCGAGGGCUCGCGACUGCAAAGGCGCCGGGUUUCGGGCAGCAGCAUCCGUCCGACGCGGCAGCUGAGCAGGCGGUCUUGAUGGAGGCGGAGGGGCCAGGGGCCACGCAAGAGGAGGGGAGCGACGCUGCCGCCUGCGGCGACGGGCUUGCCUCUGCGCAGCGCGGCAGGAAGCGGGGCAGGGCCGGUGAGGCCGGCAGAGGGCGGGAUCCGGCGCCCAAGGCGGCCAGGGCCGCCGCUGGCGACGUCCAUGCUGCGGCCGCCAAGGGCAACGACAAACGCGAGCCUCCGCCGCCGCCGCCGCCGCAGCAGCAGCAGCAGCAGCAGCAGCAGCAGCAGCAGCAAUGGCGGCGACAACAAGCGCGCGGGUCGCGCGGCCACGUCGCGCGCUGA